AUGCCAUUAACAUACAAAAAAAGAUCAGAAGCUUAUGAAGUUACACCACCACAAAUUGCACCAAAUUCAUUCUUAGGUGAUGUUAUUGCAAGUGAAACUUCAAAAGAAGAACAAAUCACUGGUGGUUUUUAUAAAGUUAUUCCAGGUGAACCAUUAACUUAUACUUAUGGUUAUGAUGAAUUGAAAAUUGUUUUAGAAGUUAAUAAUGGUACAUUCACAGUUACUGAUGAAGAAGGUACAACUGUUGAUGCUAAACCUGGUGAUGUUUUAUAUUUCAAGAAAGGUUCCACUAUAACUUUUAAAGUUGAAGGUGGUGAAGAUGCCUAUGCUUAUAAUUUCUAUGCUGGUAAGAAAUAUUUUGGACAAGUUUAA